CUGUGGACUCCACACCUAAACAACCAGACACAGAGGACUCGACUUGUGGAAAAAAUCGCGUGUAUAUACGACUCAAAAUGUAUCCUUAUGCGAAACAUUUAGUAAUGUAUGCUUAUCCGUAAAGACACAUUAAAUGUACAUACACUUCAUUUGAUUGUGAGGAAAGUAUGAUUGUGGGAUUUUUGGCAUCGCGCACUGACUGCGCGCGAUCUGAUGAGUCCUCAGUUUAAGAGAUAUGCAUCUAAAGCGCCUGUAAAGUGACCUUUCUGACUUCACCAUCAACACGCUUGUGAGAAACAACUCGGUGAUGACCAACGAGCAGAACAGUCGGGACCCGACCAUUCCGGUCAUUAUGUUUAUAUUCGGUGUUGUUGGCAACGUGAUUGCUAUUGUAGUGCUUCGAAAGUCACGGAAAGAGCAAAAGGAGACCACUUUUUACACUCUUGUGUGUGGACUUGCUGUAACCGACCUGUUGGGCACGCUGCUGGCGAGUCCUGUGACCAUUGCCACCUACGUGAAUGGUGUGUGGCCCGGUGGGGAACCGCUAUGUCAGUAUUCCGGAUUCAUUUUGCUCUUCUUCUCCUUGGCUGGACUUAGUAUUAUUUGUGCCAUGUCCAUUGAGAGAUACCUCGCCAUCAAUCACGCGUAUUUCUACAGCCACUACGUGGACCAGAGGGUGGCAGGUUUGACGCUCAUGGCCAUCUAUGUGUCCAAUGCGCUCUUCUGUUCUCUUCCCACUAUGGGACUGGGGAGUGUUGUGCAUCAGUAUCCAGGAACGUGGUGUUUCAUCGACUGGCGGACCAACGACAGCACGAACGCCACUUUCUCCUACAUGUAUGCAGGCGUGAGCUCCGUUCUCAUCCUCGCCACCGUUAUCUGUAACGUGCUGGUGUGCGCGGCGCUGUUAAUGAUGCACAAGCGCUUCGUGCGCAGGACCUCGCUUGGCAUGGAUCAGGGGCGCAUCGCAGAGAUCAGGCGCAGGCGGAGUUUCGCCCAUCUGGCUGGCGCAGAGAUACAUAUGGUCAUCGUCCUCAUAGCAACCUCUAUAGUCGUACUCAUAUGUUCCAUUCCAUUAGUGGUGCAGGUGUUUGUAAACCAGCUUUACCGUUACCCUGUGGAGAUGGUAAAGGAGCAGAAUCCAGACCUUAAAGCUAUCCGAAUUGCCUCUAUAAAUCCCAUUCUUGACCCCUGGAUCUACAUCUUGCUUAGGAAGACAGUUGUGCUGAAGCUUCUAGAAAAGAUAAAGUGCCUCUUCUGCCGUAUUGGUGGGCGAAGUCAUGGGAGGAGCACUACAGAUUUUCACUGUGGUUGUGGUGUCCGCAAUUUGUCAGUUGUGUCUAGGGAUUUGCCGUCGAUGGUGCUGCCUAAGCUGCCAGAAGUUAUCAGCACAUCACAGAUGUACAUUCACCCUCUGGAGGAGGGGCAGGAGAAAGGGUCCUCCACUCAUUCCAUGCAAAGUGGGACUUGUUCAGCUUCCACCAAACAAGCACUUCUGUGUGACUCUAAGGGCUUGGACCUCAGUAGUGGACACAGCUCCAAUAACAGGGCAGAAGGGAGGGAAAGUAGAACAGACUUUCUGAAAACGCACUUGCUCACACACUCCAGCACAAAUGAGAUACAGUUUUCCAAGCACCAGCCCUUACAAGUAACAUUUAAAGAUGAGGCUCUUACCUUACAAGAAAGGCACAUAUGAAAGAUGCUCUGAACAGAAUGCCAGCAAUGUGGAGGGAGCUUUUCAAAAGUGCCCAAUAGAAACUCUUCAUUUUUAUUAAAAGCUUGAUUGAACAGAGCAUGAUUUCUGUUGGUGGAAAACAUUUCAAGAGCUCAAUCUGAGUGUUUUCAAAUGGAACCAUAACUCCCAAAGAAUGCAUAAAAAUAUAGAACGGAUAUUUAAGAGAACUGUACCAGUCAAAGUACUAAACUAAAGUUUCUGUAACCAACCUGGAUGGUUUGUAGAACACUUAAAAUUAAUCAAGUCAAAGGAAUAGUUCACCCAAAAAUGAAAAUUCUCUCAUCAUUUAUUCUCACACUUAUGCCAUCCCAUAUGUAUAUGGCUUCCUUUCAUCUGCUGUAAAUUAAGAUUUUUAAAGAAUUUCUAAGCUCUUUUUGUCCAUACAAUGCAACUGAAUGGAUGCCCAAAUUUUGAAGCUCCAUAUAUCAGAUUAAAACAAUCCAUAAGACUCCAGUGGUUAAAUCAAUAUCUUCAGAAGCGAUGUGAUAGGUGUGGGUGAGAAACGGAUCAACAUUUAAGUACUUUUUGUUUUACUAAACAUUCUCCCUGAUCAGUCAAUCUCCACUUUAACUUUCACAUUCUUCUUCUUCUGUUUUUGGUGAUUCACAUUCUUCAUGCAUAUCUCCCCCUACUGGGUAGGUAUAAGAAUGUAUUGCAAAAUUUGACAUAAAUAUUUAUAUCAAUAUUGCUAAAUAUUGGAAGUUAUUACUAGUUAGUUAUUACUUUUAUGCUGCCUUUAUGUGCUUUUAAAAGUGAAAAAUGUUGGCACCCAUUUACUUGCGUGAAUGUAGCUCUACAGGGCUAAGAAAUUCUUUCAAAAAUCUUUUUUUGUGUUCUGCUGAAGAAAGAACGUCAUGCACAUCUGGGAUGGCAUGAGGGCGAGGAAAUGAUGAGAGAAUUUUUAUUUUUGUGUGAAUUAUCCCUUUAAGUCAUCUGAGAGAUUUUAUUGGAUAGGUACAUUGGCUUCUUUUUCUGGAAAUAAUUAAAAAAGAUAUGUCUGUAGUUAAGCAAGAGUAUAUGCUGUAAGGAUUAUACAAAAGCUCUGAUAAAUGUGUCUCGACUAGACAGAAAACUGCAGAGAAGGCUAAUUUUGACCAGAGAAAAUUCAGAAUUUGAUUCAGGGGGAGGGAAAGCGAUCCCACCCCGUUUUGAUGGAUGACCUUGUGAGCAAAUACCUCUACGUUAAGUUCCCUUUUGCAGAUAUUCUGUUAAGAUCUUGAUGAGGUCAUAAGUUAAACCAGCCAGUGGGCCAAAGUGUCAUGUUUGUUUUUCUCAUGCUGAAGCUCCUGCAGCUUGCAUAAUAAAAUAUUUCCAUUUUCUUGCAUUAAGCUGAGCAGACAAUCAUAUAAACACAUUGAUGCAUAAACAAAUGUCCACUAUGUAAAAGAGUACAAUAUAGCUUGACAUAACUGUACAUUCUUUGGAAUCCCAUAAUAUGUACAUUAUUAUGUGAAUAUACCAAGCAAUUUUAUAUACACGUUUAAAGACAAUAUGAUCUUUACAAAAUAUGUUAGCACUACAUCACAACAUACAAAAUGUGAGCACAACAAUUCACAGCAUUUCAUUUUUUUUUCUUUUUAUGUAGAUACAGAUGAUAGAAUGUAUACCAAUGAGAUGAAAGCUAUUGACAUCUAAAAUGUCUUUUUUGAUGUCAUAUUUUGCACUUUUAAACCCUAGUAACCACUGAAAAAUCAGCUUCUAACUGACAAAAACUGAUCACUCUGGCCUUGAUCAGUCAGUGGUCAUCAAGGAGGAACUGAUCAAUCUGUAUAUAUUUGUGAUGCUAAAAUGUGAAUUGUUUAUUGUAUUUUUUUUUAUUUAUUGAAGAAUUUUUAGACUGUAGGUGUUUCUUCUCUGUGAGAAGUUCACAUGCAUCUAUCCAUGUCAAAGCAAGUAUAGGAAACGUUUUAUUUCAUUUGACAUAUUUUAUGUGCAUCAAAAACAAUGCAAGGUGUGAUUCAAACUGUUGCGUGUGUAUAAAUGAUUCAACAUUACAAUGUACAUUUACCUCUAUUGAUCUUUUCAGACUAAUUGCAAGACAUGAAUUUUAAAACUUGUCUUACUUAAUACCUUUGAUGAAUAGACUAUUCAAAAUGCACAAUAGCUAUCUAAUUCAGAAAUAAAUUGUGGGAUUGAGAUGUCAAAUAGAUAACUGAAAGCAGAACCCCAGUCUGCUUUUUAAUGAACAACCAUUAUGAUAAUCUGAGCAAAGUAGCAUUAAAAAAAGUCAUCAUAAAGUUCUCAGUUUUACAAAGCAAUUAUUCUGCCAUAUUGACUGCAGCUGUAAUAAACAAGACAUUCUCAACUUCUAUUGACAAUCGAAGGCAAAAUAUUGAUUAAGUAAUUUGUAGGAUGAUAAUUCAUUAUUUGAUCCAUUUUUGCAUUACUGUUUAAACAGUUUUUUAUUGUCUACAAAAGUCAC